AUGGCUAAUCGCAAGUCUAAGUCCGAUGGACAAUCGCAAGGACCCAAGCAAGCCGCAGGAGGAAGGGCAUCUCGGUCCCCUAACCCUCAAGCUACCAAUAAGCCUCGAUCUGUAGCUACAGCCCAUCCCCAGAUGAUGGGAAACGCUUCGUCAAAGCCUCCAGCAUCAUCAGGUACAGCUGCUGCACCUAGACCCCCACAACCACAAGCCACCGCACACCGUCCAUCAAAUGGGACUAAACAUCAAAAUGCUGGUAACGGGGCUCCCAAAUCUCAAGGCGCCAACGGUUCGAACUUUGUCAGAGCCGAAGCAAUGUCUGGACACAGGGCAUCCCAAGAUCGAUCUGUAAACCAGGGUACCCCUAAACGUAAUGGAAGCGGGCUGAACAACGGCCCUCAGAAAGUCCAAGGGCAUUCAUCUCAACCCAACAUUUCUUCGAAAAACGAGGCACCGAAGCCGAAACAUUCUCAGGCCUUCUUUGGAGGUCACUCUUCGGCCUCCAACUCAGCGCUGCCUUCACCACCCCGUCCCGGAAACAUCCAACAUUUGCAUGUGCCCAAAGCACAUGGAGCAACCAUAUCCGGGAACAAGGUGUUCCAAGACCCAUCGCCGACGUCAAAACGGAGUGGCCAUACCCAACCUCAUGCUCAAAAAGCACAGAACCAUGCUCCGACCCCCCCAAAGGAACCUACUUUCUUUUUGGCAUCGCCAGCCCAUCAACAGCAAUCAGGAAAAAAUACUGCCAGCAACACUUUCCCGAAGGUCCAGGUGGCAACAACGCACGCUCAACACCCUUCGCGUGGUGGUCAAUCGUCUGCACCACCAGCUCAAGGUUCUGAGAAGCCGUCGCAUAAGUCUCAGCAACAACACAAGGCGCCCCCGCACUCGCGUCUCAUGCAAGAGACAUCCAGUAAAGGCCACAAGGACACCCCUCCAAAGCCCUCGACGAACAAGGGAAAGCCGCCUACGGAAAGUGUGCUGUCGACCGUAUUUUCAUUUUUUUCUACUGGAUCGGAAGCUCCGGGGAAUCCGUCCCAUAAGUCUCAGCAUGCGCAACAAGGCAGAGCGCCCCCGCACUCGCGCCUCGUGCAGGAGAUAGCCAAUAAAGACCACAAGAACACCCCUCCGAGGCCCCCAAUGAAUGACCGGCCACAGGGGCAGUUCCCUGCUGAGAGCGUGCUGCCGACACCGAAAGUAUCGCCAUCAAAUCAUUUUGCUGGAUCAAACGGUACUGGGAACCGAUCGGUUAACUUCGUGAUUCCUCCUGGAUCGACACACAACUCUGCAACUGUUGGUAGUGGGUCUCUCCACUCUCGAGCUGCGAAGAAGCAAGGGCCAAAUGUUGCUAAAGGCAGUGCGAAUGUGCCCCAGGCAGCAGCGGUCAAACCCCAGACCUGGGGGCAGAUGAUUUCAUCUUGGUUCCUUCCAUCAGCGCCCCCUGUUGACGUUCAGGCUGCAAAUAAAUCAACCUCAAGUUCGAUGAAAGCAAAAGACCCCGGCCCUAAGCCGCAGGCUCCGAACUCUACCAAAGCCAAUGAUGGCCAGUCGAAAUCUCACCCUGCACCAGACUUGUCCUUUAUUCCACGUGAACACUGGAGAAAGGAACCCAUCUUAUCAACGAAAGGCGCGAAGAAUGGAUUGCAGGACCUGCCAAAUCGAUCAAACAACUCGGACACAUUAUCCUCAGCGACUUCGCCGAAGAAGGAGCAGGCGCCGACUCAUCCUAAUAUGCUAGUGCGAAGUGAUGGCGGCCCGCAAUAUUCCUCAAGUGUGUCGGAAAAGCCUGAAAAGGCCACAAAUUUGACAUCCGCAUUGAGUCAUGCCGCGGAUCACUCUCGAAUGUCGAGCAAGCCUCAGGCAGCUGCUGUGCACCAUCUAAAACAAUUUCAAGUUCGAUCGAGCUCUAGCAAAGUAUUAUCUCAGCAUGAUCCUAAAAAGAUAGCUGCUGUUCGCAAAGGCUUACUACGUCAACGUACCCCCACUCUGAGGUGGCGAGAAUCCAAUACUCCUAGGACCGUCUCAGCAUACUCCACCUUAACCGCUGCGCCACUCCCAUCGCCUCCCAGGAACGAGCUCCAAAACAAAGUUGCUCGUAAAACAAUUUCCCAGAAUCCUGAUCUCUUCAAGGUCGUCUCACCGAUCAAGGUCGACGUCUUCAAAGAGUAUGUCAAGGACCACCCCAACCAAUCAUUCGUCCAAUCUGUUGCCCGUGCGCUCAAGAAAGGAUUUUGGCCAUGGGCGGACACCAGUGAUCCAAGUUUUCCUACUACGUAUGACGGUUCGCGUCAGGGUUCUCGCAUUACCAGCGAGGAUAAAGCCAAGUUUAUUCGACAGCAGUGCGAAGACGAAAUGGAGCUCGAGCGCUGGUCGAAACCUUUUGGCAGUAAAUUGAUGCCUGGGAUGCAUUCCGCCCCAAUCAAUGCAGUUCCGAAAAGCACUCCGGGAAAGUUCAGGCUCAUUGUCGACCAGAGCAGGGGACCGCACGCCCUAAACUCGACGAUUCCAAAGUCUCAAGUCAAGGUUCAGCUCGACAAUAUACACGAUCUCGGCAAUGAACUCCUAGCUGCUCGGAAGAAAUAUCCUAACCGCAAACUUUGCUUGUUCAAAUCAGAUGUCAAAAGCGCGUACCGACAGUUGCCAAUGCAUCCAUUAUGGCAGAUUAAACAGGCUAUCCUCAUCGACGGUCAGUACCACAUAGACCGGUGCAACACGUUUGGAAAUCGAGGCGGUGGAUGGAACUGGGAUUCGUUUAAUUCCUCCGUCAAUUGGAUUGCCACCGAGAAAAAAGGUGUAUCCGGUCUCCUGGGAUAUGUUGACGACAUCUUUGGCUGGGAAUUCGAGCGAAACAAAAAAGUUCUACAAGCUGUACAAUAA